AGUCGUCGCUUGAAUAUGGCCUCCUCUUCCUCGCUCUCCUCGUCCAAGAAUUUGAAUGUAAGAGUCGUGGUGGUGCUGACCGUGAUGCUGAUGCUGGCCGUACAGGCGACGUCUGCUCAGGGACGGUCCAUGACUGGACUCUGCAUUCGUAACUGCGGGUACUGCAAGGAGAUGUACGGGGAUUACUUCCACGGCGGAGACUGCGCCGAGACUUGCAUCCUGACUAAAGGCUCCAGCAUCCCGGACUGCAACCGACCGUCCACAUUCCAUCGCUUCAUCAGGCGCUUUCAGUUCUCGCCUUAAUGAACCAUGGGCGACAAUACACAUACAUGAUACAACCUAUGAUUCAAAUAUUAUUAUCUUUCAGGGAUUGAUAUCUUUCGAAGGCUAUUGGUUUCUUUAUUUAUGGUAAAAAUUUAUUUUUCGAAGAGUUGAAUGUUAGGUGACUGUUUGCUAUCUGGAGUUCAAGUUCUUAUCGACAAGAAUUUUUAAGAGUUAACAUCCCAAACCCAGAAUCUUACUUUGUAAGAUUAUUCGAGAUUCGAUUACAAUUAUUAUUCGAGGUAACUUCAUUUUUCAACUGAUAAAAGCCAAGUUGGUUGACAGAAAUGGAGGGUAAAUUCAGCGUUGCUUCACUUCAAACUUUGGGUUUGAUUUGAAAUUUUUAUUCGGAUCUUAUAACUCCGUCCCGGAAAUUUACCGUCGAUAAUUUGGUAAGUUCACCAUUCUUAAUUAUUAUAAAUAAUGUUGAUUAUUGCAUAAUUCUUUAUGAAUUUUCAAAUGAUUAUAUUUGAAUUUAUGGUGAGACAUUAUGGUAGUGGAAAACUGAAGUUAUUCAUUGAAUAUUCAAAGAUCGAAAAGAAGAGCUCAAGAUUAGGUCGAUGACGAUUAUUUGCCUUCGCUCCUAAUGCUACUGGAAAUUUAGUUGCUGCAUAAUUGUUUUCAAUGGUUAUGAAUAAAUUGUAAUGGUUGAUCCAUGGAGCAAAUUAAUGGGUUCGAUCAAAUAAAUGAAUCUAUACGUGGGUUUAUCUAUGGAUGAAAAUUUGUGGAUCAAUUCAUCGAUUAAUCCAAAGGAUCUAUUAUAACGGUUAAGCUGAUACACCAGGUUAACUUUACACGUCGGGUUUAACCUGCUUUACAUCAGGUUAGAAACUUUCGCCGGUUUAACCUGCGCCGCCGGGUUAGCCGGUUUCGCCGGUUAAUGUUAAUUUAUAGUCUUCUCCUCGCUCAUGUAUUGCCGAAAAUAAUUUAUCUUAAUUCAUUUGUACAAGUGCUGAAACUAAUAUACGGCGUCAGUUUCAUGCUGGGAUAUUAUAUCAAUGAAUUAUUCGCUUGUGGUUAUGCAUAAUAAUUUGUUAAAUAGUUCCAAAUUCUAAUGAACAUUAAUAGGAAUAUGUACUGAAAGACCAUCGCUAAUCUAGAGCGAUCUCUAAUGUUAUGUAAUUAUUUAACAAAUCUGUGUGUAUUGAUGCUCUAUAUGAAA